CGCACGUGUGCUGUGUGUCUUUAAGAGGAUCGUGUCACUGCAAUGGGUUGCUUCUCAAUCACUACGACUUUCUGCACGAAGAACAGCUGAAUACGGUCCGUUCUAGCGACUUCGCACAGCGCAAACCAAUAUGUUUUUUGGGCUGAAAAUGAGUUAGACGUUAGAGAGAUUAUGUUUGAAACUUCUCGCUGUCCGGAUAGAUUGAUUGAAUGGGGAUUCACUUGUCGCAGAGUAGCGAAACAAUGAGGACAACAACAAACAGAGAAAGGGAGUGAUCCGUAUCGUUCAUUUCUUUACUUAAUUUCCUCUUUGGCGUUGAGAGAUGAUAACGGAGCUGGUGUGCGGUGCUGUGGCUUUGCUCCUUUACAUGAACACACUGAGCGCAGAUUUCUGCUAUGAUGACAGCCGAGCAAUCAAAACCAAUCAAGAUCUGCUACCAGACACUCCGUGGACGAACAUUCUGUAUGAUGACUUCUGGGGCACCCUGCUAACUCACAGUGGCAGCCACAAGUCUUUCCGCCCUCUUUGCACCCUCUCUUUCCGCCUCAACUAUGUCCUUGGUGGCCUGGAUCCAUGGGGCUACCACCUGGUCAAUGUGGGCCUGCACUGCUGCGUCACUUCCCUUUUCACAUCACUCUGUCGCCCCCUGUUGGGUGGAGGACCAUGGGGCCUGUUGGCAGGACUGCUCUUCGCCUCUCAUCCUAUACACACUGAAGCGGUAGCUGGGGUGGUAGGGCGAGCAGAUGUUGGUGCAGCAUUUUGCUUCCUAUUGUCUUUGCACUGCUAUGCCCAGUACUGCCAUCUCAGGCCAUACCCAGGGGUUAUAUGGCGGGCAGGGCUGUGGAUGGCCGGGAGUCUGGGUGCUGCUGCUGCAGCCUUACUGUGGAAGGAGCAGGGAGUGACAGUUUUGGCCGUGUCAGCUGUUUAUGACCUCUGUGUUGUGCAUCGUCUUCACCUACGUCAAGCGAUGAUGGUACUAAAGAGGAGGAACUUUACCUUGCUGGUCAGUCUGUCUUUGCUGGUUGGCUGGGGAAUGAUCCUGCUAGCAGCUCGGUUUUACUGGAUGGGCAACAAGCCACCAAACUUCUCUAACUCGGACAACCCAGCAGCCGACUCACCUCAUUUCCUCACCAGAGCGCUCACAUUCCUGUAUCUGCCAGCUGUCAAUGCCUGGCUCCUCCUAUCUCCAGACAGACUCAGCUUUGAUUGGUCCAUGGAUGCUCUUCCUCUGCUCAGAACCAUCACUGAUUGUAGGAACCUUCAGUCUGUUACAUUUUACUCAGGAUUUGCUCUCCUGGCCUGGUUUGGCCUGAGAAGCGAGGGACCCUCUCCAGUCGGUGAAACGAAUGGAAAAUCCUGCAUGAGCAUUGGAAAGUCUCAAACUAAUGGGAACUGUCAUAGUCACUAUAACAACAUGUCCCUCCAGUACAGAAAUCACAACAUAGACUCAAAAUCUUUAUACUCUCCCAGUAGAAAAAAUGGUUAUCAUAAGCUAAAUUCCUUCAAAACUCAUCAAAGGUCUCUUCCAUCUACGGAGAACCUGGUGGUCUUUUCGCUCGGGCUGCUGGCUUUACCCUUUGUUCCAGCCGUCAACCUGUUUUUCUACGUGGGCUUUGUGGUGGCCGAGCGGGUGCUCUACAUCCCCAGUAUGGGCUUCUGUCUGCUACUGACCGUGGGGCUGAGGACCAUGUUUUUUCGCUCCAAAUCAAGACACACUAGAGCCGUCCUGCUGAGCUGUGCAGUGGGCUUGGUGCUUCUCUACAGCCUGAAGACUGUUAGGAGGAACCAGGACUGGCAGAAUGAGGAGAUGCUUUACAGGUCUGGCAUUGCUGUAAACCCCGCUAAAGCUUGGGGUAACCUUGGUAAUGUCCUGAAAAACCAAGACAAAAUGGCUGAGGCAGAGAAAGCAUAUAGAAAUGCACUUUAUUACCGAGGCAAUAUGGCAGACAUGCUCUACAACCUGGGUUUACUGUUACAAGAGAGUGAGCGAUUCUCUGAGGCUCUGCAUUACUAUAAACAGGCCAUUGGGAGCAGACCAACUCUGGCCUCUGCAUACUUGAACAUGGGCAUUAUCCUGGUGUCCCAGGGGAAUAUUGAAGAGGCCAAGCGCACAUUCCACACCUGCGCAGCCAUCCCGGAUGAGAACCUGAAGGACCCUCAUGCCCACAAGAGCUCUGUCACCAGCUGCUUGUACAACCUGGGCAAGCUGCUUCAUGAGCAGGGCCAACACGAGGAGGCACUGUCCAUAUAUAAGGAGGCUGUACAAAAGAUGCCUCGACAGUUUGCGCCGCAGAGUUUGUACAACAUGAUGGGUGAGGCCUAUAUGAUGCUGAACAAUCUAGAAGAGGCAAGUUAUUGGUACAGAGAGUCACUGAAGGCCAAACCUGACCACAUUCCUGCCCACCUGACCUAUGGAAAGCUGCUGUCCAUCACGGGACAGAAGUCUGAAGCAGAGCAUUACUUCCUAAAGGCAAUAGAGCUGGAUCCUACUAAAGGAAACUGCUAUAUGCAUUAUGGUCAGUUUCUGUUGGAACAGUCUCGCCUUGAAGAAGCUUCAAUGAUGGCAGAGAAAGCUGCAGAGCUGGACAGUUCAGAGUUUGAUGUGGUGUUCAGUGCUGCUCAUAUGCUCAGGCAGGCCAGUCUGAAUGAGGCAGCUGAGAGGUAUUAUGGGAAGGCAGCAGACCUAAGACCUGAUCAUCCAGCUGCUCUGAUGAAUCUUGGGGCUAUCUUCCACCUUAAUGGGAAACUGAAGGAGGCAGAGAGCAACUACCUCCGUGCACUGCAGCUCAAACCAGAUGACCUCAUCACUCAGUCCAACCUCCACAAACUCUGGAAUGUCAUGCAGAAACGGGGCCUGCAAACUACUGGGUCAUGAUCUUCUUCCACAACCCCUGCAGAUAUUUGAUCAUGGGCCCACAAUACUGAGAAUUGCUUCGAGGCUGGAGUUAAAUUCACAUCUUUCAUUCAACAAACCUUGAGAACAGAGCUGGAGCAGCUACUAUAAGUAGGCCACCACAGUGACCAGUACAUUAAGAAAACCCCAGAGAACUCACGAGUGAAUGUUGGAUGCGAUUAUCCUGGUGGCUUUACUGAUGCACUUACAGUUGAAGGGUUUUGUGUGAUUACCGCAUCAUUGAUGACCAGGAGCACCAAUGAGGAGAACAUUCAGUGUAUAUGUCAAGAGAAACAAGACAAUGUGGAAGCCAUUGUCUACUGCCAGUCAUGUAUUUUUCCCCAAAAUCCUUCAAAAUAUAUUUGCAAUAAUUUAUUGCUAAAGUUCCGAUCA